AUGCUUCUCGUCCGGCAAUUUGAUUCGAGCUUGUCGCAGACGAUCCUGGAAAAUGUCAAACCGGGAGAUCAUGUCGGCGUGCUAGGGGAUUUCGCUGGCUACCAUACGCUUUCCCUGGCAACGCUGGUAGGUAACACGGGAGAAGUUAUCUCGCUUGAUCAGGGGAGUGAUGAAAUCGUGGAUUUGAACGUGGGUGCGAACCUGCUUCGAAAUGUCACGUUGGGCGCCGAGACCACAUCCGCCAAUCAUCUAGGGAUGCUGAAUCAGAUAUACAUUCGCGUUGGCUCAGAGUUGCAAAUCGAUUACGCCCUGUUCGAGCUCUUAUGCCGUUCGGCCGCUCAAGCCACCUGGCAUAUUCACGUUGUCGACGGUCAGCGUAGUUUACAAGAGACCAAGACCAAGGCCCUCGAUAUCUUCCGCUGCCUGGCUGGAUACGGCAUGAGCGUCGAACAAGGCGGACUCUCGAUCAAUUUGGACGAACAAGCCACCCGUUUUGACUGGGAUCAGCCCUGCCGCCUGUUGCCAAAUGAUCGGGACGUUGCUCCCAGGAAGGAUGAAGGUUAUGCAUUUCGAGGUGUGGGCUACCACUCUUCCACUCUGCUGCAAUACGCGGUCGACCAUUAUGCCGACCGCGUGCGUCUUCGAGCGCUGGUUGAUCCUUCGCUGCCGGACAUGGCAGAGGAACACGCCGCGUUAUUCGAGGAAAUCCAGCCCUGGUCUGAAGCCACAUGCAUAGAACAAGAGUCGGUGUUCGUGCAGUUGUCUCCUAUGACGCACGAUCCGGCCGUUUGCGGUCGCGUGCUCGAUCGAAAGGGGAUUCUCGCUGCGGCAGUCAUAUACGAUUUCAUUCCCCUCGAU